UCGUUCUCAUCGUCACGUGUUUAGCAACAUACGCGACCAGCCAAUCACGACUCGGAUCGUCCGCUAUCCCUGUGGGAAUGGCUUACCUCGCGAACACUUUGUGGGCGGGUCGUUUAACCGGGUCAAGCAUGAAUCCAGUAAGAUCGCUUCCACCUGCCCUACUUUCCAAGUACUACACUAAUCUAUGGGUUUACAUUGCCGGGCCGAUAAUUGGUUGCUCUGUUGGUGCUGUGCUGUACACUUAUGUGUUUGUGACACCAGACCGCAAGCCUAGAGCUCGAAAGUUGACAGAAUCAGGAAGAAGCGCAGAAGGUGAAUCUGUCCGGAGCGAACAUGAUGCUCAUGAGUUGAUGCCAUUAAACCACAUAACGCCACGCCAUACAUCAACCAGCAUUGUACCAACAGAAGCAUUGAGUCAACGAGAUGAAGGGGUCACGUUGGUGCGAGCCCAGCACCCAGCUUACUACGCAACAAUGUCGCAGAGAUCUGACGUCACACAGGCGCUAUACGUGCAGGUCCCGACAUCACAACAGCAGCCGCAAAUUUCAACAAAUUUACCAACGCCAACCGCCACCGGCAACUCCGCACCAAACUAUGGUGGCCACGACUCCACGCCGAAUGAGCACUCCUGGUUUGCAGCCAUUGCGGUACCAGACGUCGAGCGCUCCCGUGACAAGAACACCGUCACGACCAUCUACGCGACCCAGCACCGCAUGUAGUAUGCCCAUGACGCCUAUGAACCGAACCAAUCAAAAUUUUGAGACGUCCGGUAGACACUCCCGUUGUGACGUUGGUACACCAGCAACGUUUCAAGAUUGUUCAUCCACAAAUGUUUUAAUCGACAACAGCGUUUUAUAGCCUUUGGUUGUUGUUUUUUCAUAAACCUUUCUUAAAGUUCACCUUUUCCCAGCUCUAUUAAACUUUAUGUAUGGUACUGAUGCCACAACUACCUCUUUUCAAUCUGGUGCGAACCACUGAAGCAUGUUUUAUCCCAUCUCAUGCCUAACUGUUAUUUAUAUUGAUGUUAAAAAUAAAUACAAAGUAAAAGAAAUAAGCAA